GAAUGUUGACUUGCAUCCAAUCCACCGAUAUCCAUGCACUUAUUUACGAACACGGGAAAAUAAGAGAACCCCGACAUAGUAAAAAGCAUGGAGAAAGAAGCAGGAUUUGCAGAGGAGAUAUUUGCCAAAACACUAAUAUUACAUAUAUUUCUAUUACCAGAUUGUGACUACAUACUCAAACCCGUUAAAUGAAUAUGUAAGUAUUGAAUAUGCAAAUGACAUUGGGAAAUUGGACCUCUUGUGCAUGUGCACCUUAUGCGAGUCCAAGUCCAAUAUCGUUAGCAAUGUGUAAUAAAACAGUUUAUAAUAAGAAGAACGGUUCGGUUGAUCUUUAGUUGCAAUUCUGCCGUCGUUGUUUCCUCGAUAUCUUGGUGCUUAAAAAAUAAUUUCGUGGUUGUAAUUGUAAUACAUAUUACGAGUGUUAUCAAAAAGGUGGUACGAGAGCAGUCAAUUUUGGGUCCUACAUUAUCAUACUUCAGAGUGUUAAAGGUGGUGGUCUGUUAAUUUUUGGUGGUUUACAUCAUCAUCAAACUACUCAACAACUGGAAUCAAUUAAAUUCAAUUUGUCUGUGUAUUAAAAUCCGGUUAUCUCUGGACAACUAACCACUUUUUUGCCUUCAAGAACUUCAAGAUCAUCGUACCUCACUCAACAACAUUUUUCCGGCCCAACUUCUCCAAAUCAUUGAAGAGCUGCAAGACACGCACAAUCACCCAGAAUAACUUUAUCCAUAUUAAUAACGUAGCAUCAAUCAGGAUCCAUCAUUCUGCACAUUUAUUAUAUAAAGACGGCGUCACUAACCACAAAGUCCGUUACUCCUGGGAAUCCACGACCGACAGUCUUAGCACGAACCUUUCGGAAGUCAUUGUCAUCGACCCCUUGUCUGAAGCUCCUUCUUGAAGAGGCGUCCCUUCCUCAGCGAAAAUUUAUUCCCGGACGGUAUCGGGAAUUCUACCUGGACAAUGAAGCGGGCCUGCAUCACGCAGAAUGCGCUAAUGCUUAGCACCGUUCUGGGCGUCAUUGUUGGCGUCAUUUUAGGCUUUGCGUUGCGUCCUGCAAAUCUGUCGGAUUCUUGGCAGAUGAUACUUUCUUACCCAGGCGAAUUGUUUACGAGAGCUUUGCAGUGUUGCAUCUUACCUCUCAUUAUAUCCAGCCUGAUUGUGGGAUCUGCCAGCUUGGAUGCCAAGCUUAACGGGAAAAUUGCCCUCCGAACUGUCGCCUACUUUGUGUCAACAUCUUUAUUCAACGCAGUUCUUGGCAUCGUUCUUGUCGUGGCGAUCCAUCCGGGAGAUCCCACGAUCAAGAGUGCAGAAGGCGGCGUUAUUUUUGAUGACAGGAAGAACACGCUUAUGGAUAAUUUUCUCGACCUUGGAAGGAAUAUCAUACCUGCAAAUAUCUUCACUGCCAUGUUUCAACAGACCCAAACUGUGUACGAAGAGAUACGUGGCAGUGAUCCUCAAGAGUUUGAGAGACGAAUCGUUUUACGCGAUGGGACAAACACUCUUGGAAUAAUUACUUUCGCCCUAAUUUUUGGUGCAAUUCUUGGUACAAUGGGAAAGAGAUCCAAACCUGUCAUUGAUGGCUUUCGUGUAGUGGAUGAGGUCAUAAUGACGAUAGUAAAAGGGGUCAUGAUGAUAACGCCUUUCGGGGUGGCAAGUCUGAUUUGCAGCAAGAUUGUCAGCGUUGCCAACAUCGCCGUGGUCAUUGCGCAAUUGGGGCUGUUCGUUUUCACCGUUUUGGCCGGAGUCCUUCUGUACCAACUUGUCAUUCUUCAAGCGCUCUAUUUUCUUAUCAAAAGGGAAAACCCGUUCAAAUUCUACUGGGGAGUCAUGCCCGCUAAUAUUACGGCAUUUACGACAGCGAGUACUGCUGUGGCACUCCCUGUCUCAUUCCGGUGCAUGGAAAACUUUAGCGUGGAUCAGCGAGUAGCCCAUUUCGUAUUACCCAUCGGGGCGACCGUAAAUAAGGACGGAACAGCACUCUUCGUUGCAAUCGCUUCAGUAUUCAUUGCACAAAUGAACGGAAUAUCUCUCGGAAUUGGAGAACUUACCACCGUAGCGAUUGCAUCCACUGCAGUGAGCAUUGCCUCGGCAAGCGUCCCCUCGGCCGCGCUUGCCCUCAUGUUUAUCGUUCUAAACGCGAUAGGUGUUCCCUCGACUGAUAUAGGUCUUCUGUUCGCCGUUGAUUGGUUGGUCGACCGCAUUAGAACCACCAAUAAUUUGCUGGGUGACCUUUACGCAACGGUUUUUGUGGAACACUUUUCCCAAGACGAACUCAAAGCGAUGGACUAUCACAACCCACCUGGUGACGAUAACGACGCCAAUAAUCCAUCCUCCGUGGUUCAGGUGAUUCGGAUGUCGGCAGAUGACAAUUGUAACAAUGAAAAGUAUGAUCUUAGCUAUUGUGAUUCGAAGAAUAUGGAGAAUGGAGUGAUAACAAAUGGAAACAUUAAUAUUAAUGACUGUAACCGUAAUUAUAAUUUAACACGUGUUUAGAUUUAUUACGAAAAUUGAUUUACGAGUAAAGUAUGUGCAUAUGUAAUUAAAUUACAUAACAGGAUUUAGCGAUGUUGCUUUCUUUAUAAGAUUUGUAAUUAUAGUUGUAGUUAAGACCAAACGAUAAUCAAAUAGUUGGUAUAAAAAUUCAAAUCGCACUAAUUUACGGUACUGAUCUCCACUGCUACAUAGUUAGAUAUGUAAAUAUGUAGUAAUGCAAAUGAGUUAUGAAUAAAUACAUAUUUUAAUUAAUACCA